AUGUAUAUUUUCAACUUAAUUGAUUGUUUUAUCUGCACUAUACGGGAACUGGUCGUAUACGGUGAAAUUUUGAUGGAAAUAAAAUCAUCAAGCGAAGACCAUGCUGUCCUUAAAAUUUUGAAAGAAAAUGGUUUUACGAUGCAGAGUUCAAAGGCUGGUGAUAGUUUAGUCAUGUGUUUUGGAGAGAAAGGAAACGAAGCCCUCAUUACUGUAAUUGGUUAUUCAAUCAAUAAUUCAUUAGUUAUAUACGAUCGGAUUGGAGAAUAUCAAAAGAAUCUAAAAAUAGGCAAAUGA